AUGGCUGAAGAGGUUUCGGGCAUUACCAAUGAGGUACAAAUCCAGCAUUUUCAAUUUUCCGGCUUGUCAUUUUCUGAUACCAGUGAGUUUUUUGCAAAAAACAGAUUUUCAAGAAGAAACUCUUCAAAAUUUGCAGUGUUCAAUUUGCUCGUCGAAUCUUGGGAAGAAACAUGUCAAGAAAUGUUCCAAACAAAUCUUCAACCAAUCAAAAAUGAAACAAAGAAGCGAAUUUUAUCCUUACCAUUCAGACAACGCAAUUUUACUGAAAUUUUUUCAUUGAUCACUGUAAGUCAAAGCAUUCCCAUUAAAAUUGAAAUUCUUCUAUUUUCUGAAAAAAAACAGUCAAUUUUCAGCGUCACUGCGUCACUACGUUGUUCAAUAUUCCGACAACCGUCACACUCCCUGUAUUUGUAAGUUUUCAAAAUUAUUUUAUUUACUUUGCUUUACCAUUUCUUUUUCAGAAAACAAUGCAAGAGGGAUUUGAAACAAUGAGUCAGGGGAAAAAAUCAGUUCGCGACUUCGACAAAGAAUUCAAAGAACAUUUGGAUGAAAUACGAAGUCUUCGAAUGGAAUUGGCCGAAAAUAAUGAGAAAAUCGACGAAUAUCGAGAAUGUAUAAAUGUUUUGAGAGAAAUGGAGAAGGCUCAAGAGGGUUUGAUUCGAGUUAGACAGGAUCCACAGAAUUUGGAUGAUAAACAAACGUUGUCUCCUGUGUGA